AUGAUGGACUUCGUCUUUUAUUAUUACAACCCGUCAACGGCAGCUGCUGUCAUCUUUUUGGUUCUAUUUGGCAUUAGCGCCGUACUGCAUACCUACCAGCUUUUCCGCACUCGAACAUGGCUCAUGAUUCCAUUUUUACUCGGUGCUUAUAUGGAAACCAUCGGUUACAUCGGUCGUUUACUAUCUGCGCAACAGGCGCCCGAUUUCACCAAGGGUCCUUACAUCAUUCAAAGUCUUUUGAUUCUGAUCGCUCCUGCAUUCCUCGCGGCUAGCAUCUAUAUGCUCCUUGGUCGAAUUAUCCGCAUGAUUGAAGCCGAAAAAUACGCGCUUAUCAGAGUUUCAUGGAUGACGAAAAUAUUUGUUGCUGGAGACGUACUCUCUUUCCUAAUGCAGGCAUCAGGUGCCGGUCUCAUGGUAUCAAGCUCAAGCGGCCCCUCGCUCGGUGAAAAAGUCAUUAUCGGCGGUCUGUUCGUGCAAAUUAUCUUCUUCGGUUUCUUCACAAUCAGCGCUGUUAUCUUCCAGACACGUGUCUCUCGAUCUCCAACUGGUCGCUCGGCCGAACUACAAAAAGUUUGGACUAGUCACAUGGCCACCUUGUAUACCACGAGUAUCCUCAUUUUGGUCCGUUCCGUGGUCAGGGUCGUGGAGUAUAUCCAGGGCUAUGAUGGAUUCCUGAUGAAGCAUGAGGUAUUCAUCUACGUGUUUGAUGCUCUCCCCAUGCUUAUCGCUGUGGUGGCCAUGCAGUACGAUCAUCCAUCUGAGAUUAAUUGUAUUCUUGGUCGUGGGGAGGUCUACAGCGAAAAAGUCAUCAAGACACGGAAGUAUGUUCCUGCUUCUGUUCUUGAACUUGGUGAAGAACGAGUGUAA